GCCUCACUCGGCGCCGACCUUUAUCCAAGACAUCCAUCCCUCCCUUCCUCGCCCGCUCCGCAGCAGCGACCCAUGGCGGCGCACAGCGGCCUGAACAGCAACCACGCGGUGGUGGCGCCGAUGGAGGUGUCGGUGGAGGCCGGGAACGCCGGCGCCGCCGAGUGGCUCGACGACGACGGCCGCCCGCGCCGCACGGGCACGUUCUGGACGGCCAGCUCGCACAUCAUCACCGCCGUCAUCGGCUCCGGCGUGCUCUCGCUCGCCUGGGCCAUCGCGCAGCUCGGCUGGGUCGCCGGACCCGCCGCCAUGCUCCUAUUCGCUUUCGUCACCUACUACACCGCCACGCUGCUCGCAGAGUGCUACCGCACCGGCGACCCGGAGACGGGGAAGCGCAACUACACCUACAUGGACGCCGUCCGAUCCAACCUCGGCGGCGCCAAGGUGGUCUUCUGCGGGAUCAUCCAGUACGCAAACCUCGUCGGCGUCGCCAUCGGCUACACAAUCGCGUCGUCCAUAAGCAUGAAGGCUAUCAGGAGAGCAGACUGCUUCCACAAGAAUGGGCAUGGCGACCCGUGCGAGAGCUCCAGCACCCCGUACAUGAUCCUCUUCGGUAUCACGGAGAUCCUCUUCUCGCAGAUACCCGACUUCGAUCAGAUUUGGUGGCUUUCCAUCGUCGCCGCCGUCAUGUCAUUCACAUAUUCUACCAUCGGACUGUCCCUCGGCAUCGCGCAGACCAUCUCCAACGGUGGGUUCAAGGGCAGCCUCACCGGCGUCAGCAUCGGUGCCGGCGUCACUUCCACGCAGAAGAUCUGGUACAGCCUGCAGGCCUUUGGCGACAUCGCCUUUGCCUACUCCUUCUCCAACAUCCUCAUCGAGAUUCAGGACACCAUCAAGGCGCCGCCCCCGUCGGAGUCGAAGGUGAUGCAGAAGGCCACGCGGCUGAGCGUGGCCACGACCACCAUCUUCUACAUGCUGUGCGGUUGCAUGGGCUACGCCGCGUUCGGCGACGAGGCCCCGGACGACCUCCUUACCGGCUUCGGCUUCUACGAGCCCUUCUGGCUCCUCGACGUCGCCAACGUCGCCAUCGUUGUGCACCUCGUCGGCGCCUACCAGGUCUUCUGCCAGCCCAUCUUCGCCUUCGUCGAGCGCCGCGCCGCCGCCUCCUGGCCGGACAGCGCCUUCAUCUCCAAGGAGCUCCGCGUGGGCCCCUUCGCCCUCAGCCUUUUCCGGCUGACGUGGCGGUCGGCGUUCGUGUGCGUCACCACCGUCGUCGCCAUGCUCCUCCCCUUCUUCGGCAACGUCGUCGGCUUCCUCGGCGCUGUCUCCUUCUGGCCGCUCACCGUCUUCUUCCCCGUCGAGAUGUACAUCAAGCAGCGCCGUGUGCCACGCGGCAGCACCAAGUGGAUCUGCCUCCAGAUGCUCAGCGUCGGCUGCCUUAUUGUGUCCAUCGCCGCCGCGGCCGGUUCCAUUGCCAACGUCAUCGACGCCCUCAAGGUCUACCGGCCGUUCAGUGGUUAACUUAGGACGUGAUGUAGCCUGCUCCUUCCAUUUUAAAUUGUUGGUUGUUUUGACUUUUCUAUACAUCUAGACAUACAUUAUAUUUAGGUGUAUAGCAAAAACUAUACACCUAGAAAUCUAAAACGACUUACAAUUUGGGACAAGGUGGAAGUAUAGUAUAGCUAACCUGAUGCAAACAGAGGUACUCUAAACAGUUGUUCUAGAUAGUAGAUACCAACAGAGCAAUCCUGAUCAGGAUAACCACUGAUUUGCACACAUUUGGACGCCAUAGGAAGCGAGCAUAGUGGUUCCAAAUGUACCCCACUAUUGAUUCUAGUAGGUCGUCCCGUGUAAUUCUGAAGGAUCUUAAUACAUUGAAUCAUUCUCUUAAA